AUGCCCUCCCUCCUCAACUCCGCUCUCAUCGGCUUGUCCGUCUCACAAGGCGCAUAUGCCUGGGGUAAACUCGGCCACGCUACUGUCGCUUAUAUUGCGCAACACUAUUUGUCUUCGGAAGCGGCAUCAUGGGCCAAAGGUGUUCUCGGCGAUACAUCCGACUCUUAUCUAGCCAACAUUGCCUCAUGGGCUGACGAUUAUCGUGCCACAGCCGCAGGCAAAUGGUCCGCGCCGUUGCACUUCAUCGAUGCUGAGGACAGUCCUCCCAAGAGUUGCAAUGUCGACUACAACCGCGACUGCGGCAACAAGGGAUGCUCUAUUUCCGCCAUGGCCAACUAUACGCAGCGCGUUGGGAGUAAAAGCUUGAGCAAGGCUAAUGUUGCUGAGGCGCUCAAGUUUCUUGUUCACUUCACCGGAGACUUGACGCAGCCCUUGCAUGAUGAAGCUUACGAAGUUGGCGGCAACGACAUCAAGGUCACUUUUGACGGAUACAAGGACAAUCUGCACGCUGACUGGGAUACUUAUAUCCCUGAAAAGCUGGUUGGCGGCGGCGCUUUGACGGAUGCGCAGAAAUGGGCUGACGAUCUGGUCAAGGAGAUUACGUCUGGCACUUACAAGUCCCAGGCUGCCGGUUGGAUCAAAGGAGACGAUAUUGGAGAUGUUGUCACCACGGCUACCAGGUGGGCUUCGGAUGCCAACGCUUUUGUUUGCUCUGUGGUGAUGCCCAACGGCUCGGAACCUUUGCAGAAGGGCGACUUGUAUCCAACCUAUUACAACUCCGUCAUUGACACCGUCGAGCUUCAGGUUGCCAAGGGGGGAUAUCGUCUCGGAAACUGGCUCAACACUAUCUACAAGACCACCAUUGCCAAGAGAGAAGUUGGGGUGGCUGGGGUUGUAAAGGUCGAGCCCGCGGAAUUGCCUGAUCUCAUGGGUCGCGAUUUUCUCCCAGAGCCUCGCCCCCUGAGCCGUGCAAAGCUUGCGAGAGCGGCGAUGGAGGGCGAUUGUUGUGGAAAGGGUCGCGAGGGGCACAAGCAUUAG